AUGUUCCGCCGAGGCUCGUACGCACAAGUGGCUUCAGGGAAUUCAGGCAGUAGCCAGCCCAAUACGGUUCCUGCGCGUUCAGGACAAUUCUCUCACCUGGCCAACAGCGGCUCGUUCCCGCUUGCAACGUCCUCCUACUCACAUUCCCGCCACGCACGCUCGAUAGAUGCCGACGGCCACCACGGCAGCAUGUCCAACUCACUGAGCCGGAGCGGGCCAGUCCCGUCGUAUUCGAGUCAGAUGGGCCACAUGGGAGGAUACAGCAGCUUGCAAGAUGCCGGAGCGCCCGCGUUCUUUGUACCCUCGUACCUGCGCGGGUCAAGACAUGCCGAGAAGCUGGAGGAGGUGCACAAGGCGAGGGUAGCCGCAUACCGAGAACAACGGUCGACGCAUUCCUCAAACGCCGGCUCGUUAUCCACAAGCUCGAGCAGCGUCAAUCUGCACAAACCGAGCCAUUCUUACCGUGGCCUCGCUCAUGAGAUCAUCGAGCGCACGCCAGCAUUCAUAGAGGAGCCAGUCGCCCCGUGGCCGACGCGAUGGGACGAGAAGGACAAGUUCGCGCAAAUGGAAGUGGACGAAGACGGGAGGCUUGCUAGAUUCGCAAGCGCAUCCAAGUCGGGGCACGACGAGGCUGCAGCAAUCCGAGCGGACUUCCCUAUGCCGCGGCAGUGUGGAAUAUAUUACUACGAGGUUACUGUGGUUUCUAAAGGCAAAGACGGGCUCAUCGGGGUCGGAUUCUCGGAAGCAAAGGUCCCUCUGAACAGGAUACCUGGGUGGGAGCCUGGUUCUUUUGCGUACCAUGGCGAUGACGGGUUGUUCUUCACGAGUACGACAUCUGGGAAGCCGUUUGGUCCAAAAUUCGGGACGCUGGAUGUCAUAGGGUGUGGCAUCAACUUCCGCACCAAUACCGCCUUCUUCACGAAGAACGGGCAGUAUAUAGGCGCCCCCUUCAAAGAUCUCAAGCCCAAUGUCCAAUACUACCCAAGUAUUGGCAUGAAGAAGCCCAAUGAGGCGCUUCGUGCAAACUUUGGACAGGAACCAUUCGCUUUUGAUAUUGACAGCAUAGUACAGGGGGAGAAGGCAACGAUUCAGCAAGAGAUUGCUCUGUCAAAAGGGCAGCCUCGCGAACAUGGUUCGACGGAUGAGACGCAGUUUAUACAGAGUUUGAUUGGACAAUAUCUUGCUCAUGAUGGAUACGUUGAAACCGCGAAAGCUUUUGCAGAAGAAGUCAUUGAAGAGGCGCAAGCGCUGGCAGCGGACGGUCACGUCGAUGUCCCAUAUCUUCAGACAGAGGAAGACAUCGAUGCGAUAAACCGGCAACGCAUACGCGCAGCCAUUCUCGAUGGCGACAUCGAUAAAGCCCUCAAACACACAACCGCGUACUACCCCUCCGUCCUCCGCGAGAACGAGAAUAUCUACUUCAAGCUUCGCUGCCGCAAAUUCAUCGAGAUGAUCCGUCAGUGCAGCGAGCUCAAUGCCCAAGUCCUCCCGCACAUCAUUCCCACCCCCCCGUCGAAACGCUCCACCGCAUCCACCCUCAACAACCGCAACUCCACAGCCACCGACGAGUACGACUUCGAGAUGGAGCUGGACGAGCAGCUCGGCGUGCACAACGGCGCGCCAUGGGGCGACGAGGAUGACGAAGAUGAAGACGAUCUCGAGGCCAAGCAGAAGAAACUGCAGGAUUCCACUACGGCGAUGAUCGAGUACGGGAUGGAGCUCAAGCAGGAGUUUUCCAACGAUCAGAGGCGGGAGGUGAAGCGCGCGCUGGAGGACACGUUUGCGCUCAUUGCGUAUGAGAAUGUGCGGGAGAGCAGUUUGGCGCCGUUGCUGGAGACGAGUGGGAGGGUGCCUGUGGCGGAGGAGCUGAAUAGUGCGAUUCUAGUGAGCCUGGGCAAGUCGAGCUCCGCCGCACUGGAGCGCCUAGUACAACAGACGGAGGCGCUGGUCUCAGAGCUUGCAGACGACGGCGGGCCGGGCGCAUUCAUCAAUGUGCGGAAGGACUUCUUGCAAUGA